AUGAAACUACUUCCUCUUCCUCUCUCAUCUAUUGUGAAAGUUUUCCUGCAUUUUGUCCGAUUCGAUCCUGGAGCCUUAGUCGGAUUCUCAAUCUACUUCUCUUUUGCGGACUGCCGGCUGCUAUUCGGAGCCGAGCCGUCCGAUUCUCAACUGAACCGUCCGGGGUGUUGGCGGUCCGGUAUCCCCACACCCCCGCGCACCGGCGUGGCACACCAACAUACAUGCUUUGCCAUGGACGCUAUGGAUACUGAGUCCGUCCAGAGCGGACGGACCCAAGACAAAGCUUCUCGCAUUGCGAAGGUUUGUGAGACCCUGAGAAGUAAGGACGUUCAACGACAGACACUUACACGUGGAAACAAAGGCCUGUCUCCGAUGCCAAUCGAAGAAGAUCAAAUGCGAUGGAAGGACUCCAUCAUGUACACCUUGCGUCAAUCGCAGUCAGGAGUGCGUGUACCAGCAAGUACAGAGGCGCCGUGGGCCUGGUCGAAGGUACGAUCAUCUCGUAGCCUGCUCACUUACAUGACUCUUGGCUUUCUCAAUUGA